AUGAUCGUUCGGAAAGAAAUCAUAUUCGUCGUUGUCGUCACCGCACUUCUUGUCGCCGUUCUCCUUGGAACUGCCAUUUUCGAAUUGAUGCGUGAACCGAUGGCUGUUCAUGUCAGAGCACCAGAAGCUCUAGUGGCUCCUCCAUCGACAAAAUCAUUAGUUGUGGCUCCAUCCACAAAAUCGCCGGUAGAUAAGGAAAAAUUGGAGAACACUAGUACGAAAAAAAUGGCGCGAACCGUUCCAACCAAAGCACCAGCGGUUACCAAAGCCCCAAGAACUGCUUGUGAAACUCCACAGUGUAUGCUUCUAGCUCAUCAGCUGCACAAUUGGCGAGAUCCCACUGUAGAUCCAUGCAACGAUUUCUAUCAAUACGCAUGUGGUCGAUAUCUCGAGCAUAGUGACAGUACGGGAGGUCGGAACAGAGAGAAAGAAGACAUUAUAGUCAAUUUGCUGGAAUCUUUUUUGAAAUAUGACAAAUCUGCAGGUUCCAAAUCUGAAAAUGCAAUGCGACAUGUCUACAAGAAGUGUCAGGAUUUUUCAGAUAACUUCAAGAAGAGGAUAAAAAUAAACUUUAAAGAAAUGUAUCAAGAUAUUUUGAAAAUUGGAACCUGGCCAAUUAUGGAAACGAACUGGGAUGAAUCAAAUUUUGAUUUGAAUAAUCGAAUGACACAAAUGGCUAAACUUCACUUCUCAGAAUUCGUUUUCUUUACAAUAGGGUCAGCCACCAACAAAACUAUUGAAAUAGGAUAUUCCCAAUCUAAAAUGUUCGAGAGAGAUAACUUAUCAGGGAUACGGUAUUUUAUCAAAGAAAUCUGUAAAGUCAACCAUGUUUCGUGUGAUGGAAAGCAACUUAAGAAAGAUCAAAAAGAUGUGGAGAAGCUGGUGGGAAAACUUAUAAAUGUUCCACAACUCAAAAAUCCAAAAUAUGUGCCUUUCGAAACAGUGAAAACCAAACUGAAAUUUUUCGAUAUCGAAAAAAUAGUCGACCCCUUGAUGGCACCUGAAAGCUACAAAAGUAUGAAGAAUCACUUUGUGACUCAAGAGAAUACGAUCACUCUCGAAGAGGUGGAGAAAAUUAUCCAGCAAACACCGAAAAGAACACUAGCCAAUGUGUUAAUCUUCAAAUACAUUGAAAAGUAUGCUAAUUACAUAGAAGAAGACAAAAAAUAUGCGAAAAGUAUGGAUUGUGUUGAGCAUGUGAAUGAACUUUUCCCUCGAGCUUCUAUGCUUUUAUAUGUCCGAAAGUAUUACGAAAAGAAGAAUCGAGAUGCUGUAACUGAUAUGGUGAAUCCAACGAGAGAAACAUAUAUUCAAAUGUUCAAUGAAUCCAAAUUGAUAUCCCAAAAAACUAAGGAAAGGGCAAUUUUGAAACUUCAAAAACUGAGAGUGAAUCUUGGGUAUCCGGACGAAUUCAAUAAUCAGAAGAAUUUUGAGAAAAACUUUGAAAGUCUCAAUUUCGAGGAUACAGACUCAUACUACUCCUCUAUCAAAAAGAUCAUGAAGUACCAAUCAGAAUUGUUUGUUAAAUAUCUCGUCGGAGACUAUCCAAUCCGUCCUCAUUUGAAGCUGAACAUGGUGAAUGCUCAAUACUCUUUAAAUGAGAACCUUCUGUGGAUGUUUGUUGGCUACCUGGAAGAGCCGAAAUUCCAUUGGAGUUAUCCAACAUAUGCCAAGUUUGCCGGUGUUGGAAGGAUAAUGGGGCAUGAAAUGGGCCAUGGCUUUGAUAUAAGGGGGAUCGAGCGUGAUGAGAUUGGACAUCUCAACGCUAUUUUCGAUAAAGAAGAUGCGAAAAAUUAUAAGAAUCGAGCAAAGUGUUUAGAGAAGCAAUAUGAUAAUUAUGAUGAUCCGGACUACGGGAGAAAUUUAAAAGGAAACAUGGUGAUCAAGGAGAUUAUGGCAGACCGCCUCGGACAGGAGGUUGCCUACCGAACUUAUCAUAAAGUGAUGAGUCAAAACGAGCAAUAUAUCAUCGGGUCACAAAACAAAACUUCUGAUCAAAUGUUUUUCAAUCUGAUUGCAUUGGAUUACUGUCGCGGACGCUCGACUCGACCACUCGAACGGAUUCUGCAACAAUCCCACCCUAUGGCUAAUUUUCGAGUGAAUGGGAACUUUCAGAAUUUGAAAUAUUUUGCCGACGCCUAUAAUUGCCCAGUUGGUUCUCCAAUGAACCCGAAGAAAAAGUGUGAUUUGUUCUGA